AUGAACGGCGUUAUUGAGGCGCUGCACAUUUACGAUGACAACCGUAAUCCUAUCCUAUCUCAUACCUACGCAGGGAGGCCGCUCUCGGCAACACAUCUUCUACCCCUCUACCUAGAACAUCCCUCACCGCGGCCGAAUCUCAUCUACCUCGCCAACACAAGUCCUCCGACCCUCGUAUUUAGUCUGACCCAUGCGAACCUCUUGUUCCUCGUCACUUCGUCGACCGAGAUCGAGCCGCUCCUCGUCUUCGAGUUCCUACACCGCGUAAUCGAUGCCUUCGAGGACUUCCUUGGCGCGCCGCUCCUGGCCGUCAAGAUCGAGAAUAAUUAUGACAUAGUCGCCCAGAUAUUAACUGAGAUGUGCGACUCUGGCACUAUUAGCACGACAGAGCCCAAUGCCCUGCGAGAAGUUGUGGAACAGGAGGGAUGGGUUGGUAAACUACUAGGAAGCAUCAACCUCCCUGGGAAAGCGCCUCUGAGCGCUAACUUUUCAAACUCGAGCUCGCCAUCCGUGAUCCCUUCGAAUACGCCCGCCUUGCCAUGGAGACGAGCCAACGUGCGACACACGUCCAACGAGAUGUAUGCCGAUGUCGUUGAGACUCUGUCGGUAACGCUCGCGCCCUCAGGAAGGCCACUGGCCGCCUUUGCCAACGGCACUAUUGCCUUUACAUCAAAGGUGUCAGGCGUCCCGGAUAUCACCCUGACUCUGACGAGCCCGUCUGGAAAGCACAAUCUCGGAGGCAUCAUGGAGUUACCAGUCUUUCACCCUUGCGUACGGCUAAACCGAUGGAAGGAAAGGCCAGGAGAGCUGAGCUUUAUCCCACCCGACGGAAGAUUUAUCCUGGCGGGCUACGAGGUGGACUUGCUACCCUUUACUAGUGGGAAGAGCGGAAGCCUAAGCUCUAAUAACCUCAAACUGCCAGUCAAUAUGGAGGUAAAGACUGGGCUCGGGGCCACAGGAUCCGAUUUCGAGGUUCGGUUACAAGUCAACAAGAUUCUCGGUGCACCUUCUCCGUCCUCAUCAGGUCAAUUUGGAAGAGGCGGAAGUGGUGGCCGACUGGGAGGACCACAUCCAGGAUCACCAGGAGCGCCGCUGAUUGACGAUCUCACCGUCACGAUCCCACUACCGACAGACGUUAGGAACUUGUCGGAAAUCCGACCUAGCAAGGGCGACGCUAGCUUCAACCCGGGGGAGAAGUUCCUAGAGUGGCACAUUCCGGCAAAGGAGCUCUCGGGAGGGACGUGCUACUUCGGGCUCCGGUGUACCGUCGUGGGGCCGAUCACAGGCGAGGAUGAGGACGGAUUCGACCCCAACGGUUUUGGCUUUGGGACCGACUACACGUUUGACGGACCUUACCAGAGCGUGCCGGUGGCCAAGACGGCGAAGGACAAAGAGGGCGCCAGUGAUGAUAGGGACGUCAAGAAGAUUGCGCAGAACAAGAUCCUGAUGCCGACGUCGGCAUCAGUGAGCUUUUCCGUCAAGGGAUGGUUGGCGAGCGGGUUGAAGGUAGAGAGCAUCCUUCUCGAUACGCGCAAGAGUAGGGGACUGGGAGAGAGCGUCAAACCGUACAAGGGGGUCAAGUACUUGACAGCGUUCCCCUCGACGGCCUCGCAGCUCCGCGAUGAGAUCGACGAGUAUAUGGGCUACAAGCUCUCCGACAUCAUCCAGAAUGGGCCCUCCAAGCUCCUCACCGAAACCCCCAACGCCCAGCCCGCCAUCAUGGCCACCUCCAUCUUCAUCCUCCGCAUCCUCGAGCGCGAGUUCGGCUUCAAGGUCACAGACCACUUCGACGUCACACUGGGCCACUCCCUCGGUGAAUUCGCCGCUGUCGUUGCCGGCGGGUACAUUUCCUUCCAGGACAGCCUGUACCUGGUGCGCAAGCGGGCCGAGGCUAUGUCGGAGGCGACGCGUCAGGCCAUCGAGCAGUACGGCGGCGAGUACGGCAUGGUGGCCGUCAUUUCGCACCCAGAGCACAUGGAAAACCUCAUCAAGGCUAUUCGCCAGUUUGUCGGCGUCUCAGCCGAGGACAUGGACGAUGUGCCGCCCAUCGAACAAGUGCUGAUUGCAAACAUCAACAGCAAGAAUCAGAUCGUCUUGAGCGGCAACAUCGAGCGCAUCAAGACCCUCAUCGCCCACCUCCGCCAGUUUUUGGGCUACGAUCCCCGUGCCGUCCGCCUCAAGGCCGACAGCCCUUUCCACAGCCCGAUCAUGAAGCCGGCCGUAACCGUGAUGCGAAACCUGCUCAACGAGGGUAGCCGGGUCAAGGGUCGCGAGAACGAGGACAUGGUGACAUUUCCUGGCCGGCUACCAAUAGUGAGCAAUGUGUCUGCGCGGCCCGUAUGCUGCAAGGCCGACUUCAAGGACCUGUUAGCCCGAGGCUGCCUCGACACGGUGCGUUGGUGGGAGAGCAUCAGGUACCUCGAUCAAGAGGGACGGAUUCGACGCUGGGUAGGCGUGGGGCCUGGCAAGGUCGGGCGCAACCUCGUCGGAAAGGAGGUGGGUAUGCGCGGUAAAGAUCUAGUAAAGGGAGGAGGCGUAUGGGCGAUUACAGACCCUUCAGAAGUAGAAGAGGUUCUAAAGGGAUUAGAAGACACUGCUGGCAUCAUGGAAGAUGACGAAUAUUCAGAGUAA